AUGGGGAAUAACAGGAAUAUGACUGAAUUCAUUUUAAUAGGUCUUACACAGAACCCAACAUUGCAGAAAGUAGUGUUUGUGGUAUUUUUGAUUUUGUACAUGAUAACACUCUCAGGCAAUCUACUUAUUGUUGUUACUAUUACCACCAGCCAGGCUCUGAGCUCCCCCAUGUACUUCUUCUUGACCCAGCUUUCUUUGAUAGACACAAUUUAUUCUUCUUCUUCAGCUCCUAAACUGAUUGCGGACUCCCUGCAUGAGAAGAAAAUAAUUUCCUUUAAUGGGUGUAUGGCCCAAGUCUAUGCAGAACACAUCUUUGGUGCUACUGAGAUCAUCCUGUUGACAGUGAUGGCCUAUGACCGCUAUGUGGCCAUCUGUAAACCCUUGCACUACACGUCCAUCAUGAGCCAUAGGCUGUGCAUUCUCCUGGUGGGAGUGGCUUGGACUGGAGGCUUUCUCCAUGCAACUAUUCAGAUCCUCUUCACAGUCUGGCUGCCCUUCUGUGGUCCCAAUGUCAUAGAUCACUUCAUGUGUGACUUAUAUCCUUUGUUGAAACUUGUCUGCAUGGACACUCAUACCCUUGGUCUGUUUGUUGCUGCUAACAGUGGAUUCAUUUGCUUAUUAAACUUCCUCCUCUUGAUGGUAUCCUAUGUGGUCAUCCUGCGCUCCCUAAGGACCCAUAGUUUGGAGGGGAGGCGCAAAGCUCUCUCUACCUGUAUCUCUCACAUCACAGUGGUCAUCUUAUUCUUUGUGCCCUGCAUAUUUGUGUAUCUGCGUCCAGUGACCACUCUACCCAUAGAUAAAGCUGUGGCUGUCUUUUAUACUAUGGUGGCCCCUAUGUUAAAUCCCUUAAUUUAUACCCUCAGAAAUACUGAGGUUAAAACUGCCAUGAGGAAGCUAUGGAGCAAAAAAGUGACUUCAGAUGAUUAA